GCCGUGUGUUUUUCUAAUUGUUUGUUUCACGUGUUUGGUCUGAUUUUUCUAGUUUCUGAUUUGGUCUGAAAAUUUUAUGAGUUCUUUUCUAAUCUAAUUUUUCUGGUAUAAUCUAAUAAACAAUAAAAAUAAGGUAAAGAGAACAAAACCUAACCCUGCAAAGUUUAGUUGUCAUGGUCGGUUCAUGAAUCAUUCUCAAUUCUCAACCAAUUUUAAUAAAAAGUUUUGUGGUCACAAAAUACAAGUUAAAACCGCCCUAUCUCCAUAAUAUUAACUCACACAAACACUAACACUAACACAUAUAGGUGUUCCACUAUCUCCAUCCAUGGAUACAAUUCUUUAACUCAAAUAAUUCCCUUAAAACUUUUUCACAAUCUAUAUAUAAAUAUCCUCCUUUUUAGUGUUUUCUUCCAACUUGCAUAUUUCUCGUGCUCCAACUUGCUCAAAUCUCACACCAAAAUUCCUCCCAAAAAACUCACCUUUCUUUCUACUUCCCAAAUUGUGGGGGGGUUAGUCUACUAUAACUUGUUCCCCAUUGCCCUAUAGUCUAAGGGUUACCCUACUCCUCUAGGGUUCAUACUAGCUACCUUUACCUUUUUAACUUUUACUUGUCUAUAAAUAGGUCAAUUUUGCAUCUUUUUUUUACCAUAUCUCAUCAUAAACCCAAAAAAAACAACCUAGGAUAAUAAUUUCCUUAAACUAAAACAAAACAUCUUCUAAAUAAUAUGGCUAAUAAUAAUCAUCAAACCUCCAUGUUUUUAACCAUGUUCUCAUUAUGUUACUUCAUUACCUUAAUCCAAGGAAGAAGGUUAAUACCAUCAAUGCCUUUGCAUGUACAACCUAAUGAUCAAUACUCCCAAAUCUCGAUACCGCCUUCUUAUUCUCCAAAUAUUUUUGAUAGCCCUAGUGAUGAUGAUCAUAGUGUUGGUUAUAAUAGUCCUGCUCCUCCACCUAGUGAUGAUGAUGAUCAUGGUGUAAGUGGUUCUACUGAUGCUCAUCGUCGUCGUCGUCAGACUCAUCAUAAACCGUCCGGUCAUAAAGCGGCCGGUCAUCGUCAUCAAGCGGCCGCACCGGCGGCCAGUCAUCGUCAACCCGCCGGGCCGACCGGCGUGUUUGAUGUUCGGUCGUUCGGGGCGGUUGGGGAUGGGUUGGUUGAUGAUACAUUAGCAUUCAAAUCAGCUUGGGAUGCAGCUUGUGGAGGUGAUAAUGCAAAGGUUGUUGCACCUAAAGGGUUUUCCUUCUUGGUUCAACCUUUGAUUUUCAAUGGCCCUUGCAAAAGUGGUGUUGUGUUUCAGCUUGAAGGAACUAUUGUGGCACCAGAUGGACCAGAUGCAUGGCCUAAAGAUAGCAGCAAAAGACAAUGGCUAGUCUUUUAUAGAAUUCAUAGUUUGACACUCCAAGGUGGUGGCCUUAUUGAUGGCAGAGGAGAUAAAUGGUGGAAUCUUCCUUGUAAACCUCAUAAGGGAAUCAAUGGGACUUCGACACAUGGCCCUUGUGACAGUCCAGUGGCCAUGAAAUUUUCCGGGAACACAAACUUAACAGUGAGAGGGCUGAGACUGAUCAAUAGUCCACAAUUCAACAUUCGAAUUGAUGGAUGUCAAGAUGUGAAUGUGGAUUCUCUUAUCAUUAAGUCACCUGCUAAUAGUCCUAACACUGAUGGAAUUCAUGUUGAGAACACAAAUGAUGUCACCAUUUACAACUCUAUCAUUGCCAAUGGUGAUGACUGUAUAUCUAUUGGAGCUGGUAGUCAUAAUUUAGACAUAAGGAAUGUUACUUGUGGUCCUGGUCAUGGAAUAAGCAUUGGGAGCCUAGGAAUCCACCAAACCAAGGCUUGUGUAUCCAACAUCACAGUAAGCAACUGCAUCAUCAAGCAUUCUGACAAUGGGAUCCGGAUCAAGACAUGGCAAGGCGGGUCCGGAUCAGUAUCCGGAAUAAACUUCGAGGGGAUCCAUAUGGACACGGUCCGAAACCCGAUUAUCAUAGACCAAUACUAUUGCGACUCUGCAAAAUGUUCAAACCAAACUUCAGCUGUUUCCAUCAAUGACAUUACCUAUUCCAAUAUCAAGGGAACGUACGACACACGGUCCCCACCGGUCCACUUAGCAUGCAGCGACCCGGCUCCCUGCACCAACAUCACUAUCUCGGGUCUGGAGCUCUUACCCGCGCCCGUGACAGGCAUGGAUCUGGUAACGGAUCAUAAACAUCAGUUGGUAUCCAUGGAGCCUUUCUGCUAUAAUGCUUAUGGGAAUAACAUUGGAGAAGUGACUAAUCCCCCUGUUUAUUGCUUGUUGGAUGGCAUGCCAUAUACAAGCAGUGAUGUUGAACAGUGUUAG